CUAAACUCCAAGGAUAAUAUUCCAAGAUGGCGCACAAAUAUGACUUACUUCUCGUAAAAACCCAGACAGACGACAAGAAACGCCAUCAACCAUGGUACAGAGAACGACUGAAUAAUAAGUACAUUAAACCAAGAAAGACAAGGGGUAAAUCAGACAUAUUAGAUGGGUCUCAAUGGACGUUCCUCCAGAAAGGUAGUGAUGAUUUUAGAGAUGGUCUUCCUCCAGAGGCCUUUUACAACUAUGUAAAAAGAGAUGAUCUGGGAUUUGGUCCAACCAUUACCAGCUCACAAGAUAGUCUAGAAAGAAAUAUACCAAAGAAGUUUACAAAAACAGAAGCUAUAUAUUCCAAGGCAUUACCUUUACAGCAACAGAGGAGAGAGCAUGUAGAAGAUAUAGAAUAUAACUUAACGCAACACCCUUUAGCCUUGUAUUCUCAUCUUGAAGAGUCUUUACCUCCUGAUGUAUUUGAAGAUGUAGUAGAAGUAUUGGAUCCAGAGAUGAAUAUUGAUAGUGACGCAGGGGAAGAUUCCCUUGAGGAGUCACCUGAACCAAGUGUUGUGGGAAGUGAGAAGCAGCCAUCAAUACGAGAAAGUCAGUCUGCAAAGAGCGUGGAUUCUGGAAAACCAAGUAUACAAGGUGAGACAGAAGAAAAAGAAGGGAAGGCAGUGUAUAAAUGGUUACCAAGACAAGAAGAAGUACAAAAAGAAGAAAGAAAUAAAGCCAGCAGAAAGAAACCUGAUUCUCCUUCAUCAGAUACUCAAAUUCAAGAUGUAACAAGAGAAUUUUGUAGCUGGGUUGCAGGCCUUGGUGGUGAAAGUAAUAAUAUUGAGGAGUCAACAGUGAUGUCGCUAUUUGCAAGUGGAUAUGAAACAAAGCCUGCAUUAUCAGUUCCUAUUCAUGUGGUAGAACUAACCAAUGUACCACCAGAACUAAGGGUCAAUACUGGAUCACCAACCACUAAAACAACUGAAGCUAAACCAUCAGUAAAGGAUACUAUAGAUGGCAGGGGAGGCCAAAAGUACACUCCCAGUUGGGUAAAAGUCAAGUAUGGUGCUUGGUACUUAAGUCCUAAGGCAUGGAAAUCAAGACCAAAAGAUGAACCAUUACAAGACCCUAAAGAACAACAGGACAAGACUUUAUCAGAAGCCAAGAAAAAGAGCCAAAAACUGGACAAUGUCCUUGCUACGAUGCAUGGUGCAAAAGCAUUUAAGGACUUUGUAAACAAGAAGAGUACAAGACUACCAGAGUUCUUACACUCUGUAGAACAACGAAACACUCAGCAAAACCAGAUAGAGAAUCUGCUACGAGAAGUUAGCAAUAAAUCACCAGAGAUGACAGAGAAAAGAAGAUCCCAUGCCAACAUACACACACAUAGUUAACAAGUCACACCCUUGAAUUAGAUAUUUUAUUUAUUUGUAUAACAAAUGUAAAUAUAAUUGGUGUCCUUCAAUGCAUCAAGCAAGAGUAUUUCAUAUUUUUAUUGUGAAUUGUACUUCUGUUUAGUCAGAGGGGAAAAAACAGUAUGGUCCUGUAAAGUGUCAUAGAAAUAUAUCAAGUGAAUUAA